CUUAGCGUCCAGUCACUCGUCUGGUGAUGUGCCUGCUGCUAGUCUGUGCGUUGCUGCUGGUGCGGGAAGCCGGGUGAUGCGGGAUCGCUGCGGGCUCUGCACCACCGCCUUCCAGGUAUCUUCGUGACGUGGAGCUGGACGCUGUUAUCCCGGAUCUUGUAACCUUCUUCAGCAUGGGGAACGGCCUUUCGGAGCAGACUCCAAUCCUGUCGGGAAUGUCUCCAUUUCAGGCGCUGCACAUCGUCAUUUUAGGCCUGGACUGCGCCGGUAAGACGACCGUGUUGUACCGCCUGCAGUUUAACGAGUUUGUCAACACCGUCCCCACCAAAGGAUUUAACACGGAGAAGAUUAAAGUCGCUCUGGGUAAUUCCAAAUCCGUUACCAUUCACUUCUGGGACGUUGGGGGCCAGGAGAAGCUGCGGCCGCUGUGGAAGUCGUACACCCGCUGCACGGACGGGAUUGUGUUUGUGGUGGACUCGGUUGACGCCGAACGCAUGGAGGAAGCCAAGACGGAACUGUACAAAAUUACCAAAAUCUCCGAGAACCAAGGAGUCCCGGUUCUCGUUGUGGCCAACAAGCAGGACCUGAGGAACUCCUUAUCUCUGGCUGAAAUCGAGAAGCUGCUGGCGCUGAACGAGCUCAGCUCCUCCACCCCGUGGCACCUCCAGCCCACGUGCGCCAUCAUCGGGGACGGCCUGCGGGAGGGCAUAGAGAAGCUCCACGAAAUGAUCCUAAAACGCAGGAAAAUGCUUCGACAGCAGAAGAAAAAGAGAUGACGCAUCCGUCGCCAUGGUCUGCGGCAAAACGGCGUAAUUCUGCCCCGUCAGUGUGUUGACGUUCCCCAGGGUUAGGUCAGGAAACCUAGACCCGGCUGGUGUUAAAGCUACAUUGUAUCUUAAUUUCUAGUCGUGCAGAUCCGGCAGUGCUCGCAGCGCGUCUGGGAUCCGAACCGCGUGGCGUCGGCGGACGCGCGGCCUCAUCGUGAGCCACGAAUGGUUGCAGUUGGGAAUAAGGAGGGUGAAUGCUCCUGUGACGCAGUCGAGGGAGAUGAAUUAAGACACGUGACGUUCCUUGCACCCUUCCCCUCCCCCCUUUAUUUUAUGUAAUAUCCGACAUUCCAGUUAUAAUGGCAUCGGGGUGGGGGGGAGGGGCUGGAUAUGACGUCCAGGCUGAUCUUUACUUUUAAGACUUAUCCAUGCAGUGCAUGAAGGAUUUCAAUCGUUUUCUCGUCUUUUGUGUUUUUUAACUUCACAAUGCUAUUACGGGACGCAUCUGUGGAUGGAGGGCCCGAAUUCUGUGUCCUGUCGUACAUCAUAUCAUUUGUAAUAUUGAGUCAAUUUGCAAAUCGUUUGCUUUACUUACUGGUUUUUAUGUCUUAUACUCCAAUCGCAUCCAAAGCUGCAUCCAAAAUCCUAGUAGUGUUUUAGAAGCUGCAGCAUCUUCAGUUUCUCUGCUGCCCCCUGAUGAGCGAAUAUAUACAGCGCAUGCUCUGCUGUGGCGAGAUGCAUUCUUUACGCCAGGCAGUGUGGACUACAUCUCCCAGAAUGCAGUGUGUGUGUGGCGCUAUAUGGGAGCUCUGUGAAGCUAUCAGGGCUGUGUCUAUCAGCAGUCUUGACAAGUUCCUAAUAAGCCAAAAUGUUUUUUUUUAAUGCAGCUUUGGCUGUGACUAGAGUAUAAGAUACCA